GCUGGCCGGAGCACGGGCAGAGCGAGGGGAGCACCCAAGUGGGGCCAGAGGGACAUCGUGUGCAGCGGCGAGGAGCCUGCAGAGGUACGAGGGGAGGGGCGGUCAGUCUGCCCCUUGAGCAGGAGAGGAGGAACAUGGCGCUGCUGCCGGGACUCCUGGUGCUCAGCUUGUCCUGCCUGCAAGGCCCCUGCUCUGCGUUCUCUUCUGUGAGCGCCAUGGAGCACUUCGGCCAGCAGGUAAUCAGCGGGCUGUCGCAGGAGAAGGUCUCCCCACUUCUCCUCCUCAAGUUGGGCAACCAGGAGCCUGGUGGCCAGGCUGCCCUAAAGAAGGCCCCAGAAGACUGCAAGAAGGCCCCAACCCCGGAGCAGACCCACAGGCUGGCCCAGGCCAUGAUGGCCUUCAGCACAGACCUCUUCUCCCUCGUCGCCCAAAGGUCCAGCAGCCCCAACCUCAUCCUGUCUCCUCUCAGUGUGGCCCUGGCACUGUCCCACCUGACACUAGGUGCUCAGAACCAAACACUGCAGAGGUUGCUGCAGGUGCUACAUGCAGACUCAGGGCCCUGCCUCCCCCACCUGCUGAGCCGCCUCUGCCAGGACCUGGGCUCUGGGGCAUUCCGAUUGGCUGCCAGAAUGUACCUGAAGAAAGGACUUCCCAUCAAAGAAGACUUCCUGGAACAAUCGGAGCAGCUCUUUGGCGCAAAGCCCAUGAGCCUGAUGGGAAGGAAGGAGGAUGACCUGGCAAACAUCAACCAAUGGGUGAAGGAGGCCACCGAGGGGAAGAUUGAGAAUUUCCUCUCCGAGCUGCCAGUUGACACAGUGUUGCUUCUCCUCAAUGCCAUCCACUUCCAGGGUUUCUGGAGGAGCAAGUUUGACCCGAGCCUCACGCAGAGAGACAGUUUCCACCUGGACGAGCAGUUCACUGUGCCGGUGGACAUGAUGCAAGCCCACACGUACCCGCUACGCUGGUUCUUGCUGGAGCAGCCUGAGAUACAGGUGGCUCAUUUCCCCUUUAAGAACAACAUGAGCUUCGUGGUCAUUGUGCCCACCCACUUUAAGUGGAACGUGUCUGAGGUGCUGGCCAACCUGAGCUGGGACAUCCUGCACCAGCCCUUGCUGCGGGAGAGGCCCACCAAGGUCCAGCUGCCGAAGCUGCAUCUGAAAUGCCAGCUGGACCUGGUGGGCACUCUCGGACAGCUGGGCCUGCAGGAGCUGUUCCAGGACCCGGACCUGCGUGGGAUCUCUGACCAGAGACUGGUGGUGUCCGGUGUGCAGCAUCAGUCCACUCUGGAGCUCAAUGAGGCUGGCGUGGAGGCGGCCGCGGCAACCAGCGUGGCCAUGUCCCGCAUGUCCCUCUCCUCCUUCAUCGUGAACCGCCCCUUCCUCUUCUUCGUCCUUGAGGACACCACGAGCCUGCCCCUCUUUGUGGGCAGCGUGAGGAACCCCAACCCUGGUGCACAGCAGGAGCGCAAGGAGCAGCAGGAUUCCCCUGACGAAAAGGACUUCUUCCAGAGCCUGAAAGCCUUCCCCCGCGGAGACAAGCCCUUCGGCCCUGACUUGAAACUUGAGCCCCCCUCGGAGGAGGAUUACCCCCAAAUUGACAGCCCCAAAUGAGGGGCCGUGGCCACCAGCAUCCUGAGUCCCUGCCAGGACCAGCCUCUCAACUCAUGUGACUCUAUUCAAACAGCUCCAUGAGAUUAGGAGCGGGGGCCUGCGGGGGCAGUCUGGGAGAGGAGAGGAGCCGUUCUCUCCCAUCCCCUCUUGGGGAGUUUGGGGUAGGGUGGGGCCGGGAGGAGAGCAGGCACCAGGGCAUCGUGGGCCUUGAUCCCACGUCAUUUCUUCCAAAGGGGUUCUAAGGGUGUCCUUGUUUGGGGCUUGGGUGGAGGGGCAGCUGUGGAUCCCCUUUGUCAGGAAGGUAGGUAGGUUAUUCCCUAAGUUGGCUGGGGCACCUCCACAUUUGUUUACCAGAGAGGGAAGGACAGGAGGGAUGGGAUGCCCCGGCUGGGGAGAGGAGAGACAGGUCCUGAGGGUGGCCCUGGGGGCAGAGCAGUGUCCUGGGUUGGACACUGUGGGUCAGCCUUGUCCUGCUUGGUGGAUGGGGGCUGGGCAUCCUAUGUAACUGCCUCUGCCAUGACCUGCCCAAGGCCCACCGGCCUCCAGCCCACCCUGAUGCCCUGUCACCUCAGUCUCCCACUGGUCCUUGGAGGUACGAACACUGCCAGGACUCCCCUUCCUUCCUCUUUCCUCUUCCUCCUCUGCCCUUGUCUCAGGGGCUGGGGUGGGGUGGGGGAAGGGAGCCAUUAGCUUCCUAAGGCUCUUUUGUAAAGUUUUUGUAGUGAUUUUUAUGCCACCUGAAUAAAGAAUGAAUGGGC